AUGGGCAGCACGUGGCAGUCGUUGGGAAAAAACGUCGGCAAGGUUGACAGCGUGGACAGUGUCGAUGAGCAGCUGCUCACCCGUUUUGUCCCUGCUCUUUUGAGCUCCCCCAGAUUUCUCGAUAUCGACGUCAGCAUCCUUCAACUGACAAAACAUCAGCAAAUUCCCUCCUUGGCGUACACAAACACACACACGCACACACACGCACGUCUCAACAUAGUCAACAUGGUCGGCGUUCCGGGAAAAUUCAAAGGUUGUGAGACCUGCAGAUUACGCAGAGUCAAGUGCGACAACACACGCCCCUACUGUAAGAAGUGCCACGAUACCGGCCGCGAGUGUGCCGGCUAUGACCGUGAGACAGUAUUUAUUAUCGGCACACCUCAAGAUGGCGGCCGGUGUUCGUCCCAUCCGCCUCGCGUGGUCAAGCCUAAAACGCCAGUCACAACAGCAGUCAACACACCCAGCAACAUUGGCAGAAGCAGUACCAGUGUCAGCAGCAGCAGCAGCAGCGGUGCAAAGAGCAGAUCCAGCCCCAAGUCACGCUCGAACUCACGGUCGGCUUCCGUGUCGAGGACGACAUCCAACUCACCUGCCGCUGCCCUAUCACCAACGCCCUCUGUUCCUAUUUCUAUCCAUGAGCAGCAGCGGUACUUAUCCGAGUCAUUUGCACCCACGCUGUCAGGCAUCAUGUCACCUGCCAAAUUCGACACAGCUGUUAUACCCAUUGACUCCGCCAUGAUGACCCAGCGGCCCAACGUAGGUAUGCUCAACGGCAUCAGCGCGCCCGAUUUAGUACUUAUCCCACCGUUGCGGUCAGCAUGGCAUGACUCCCUCUUGGUUGCCAGUGGCGGUAUCGUUCACCAGGUGCAGACAGCGGCCCUAUAUACGCAGUUGCAGUCCAUCGUCCGACACAAGGACGACAACGAAACCGAUGGCGGUUUUCAUCUCUCGCCGUUCCCGGCGUACACGCCGUCCAGUGUACGGCCGCCUAGUGGGGACAGCGAGUUUCAUUUAUCAUCACACUGCAUGGUACAUUUAGCGACAGGAGACAACCACAGAAAUUUCGAGGCGAGACCCGCGGAGAAUAUUUGCCUUUUUCUCUACGAGGUACGCAGAUGGGGCGAAACGGAUCCUGACAAAUGGAGGGGGUUGUCGUAUGGUCUGUGUGCCCUCGAGCUGGAUGACAGAUUACCGGAACAAUGGAAGGAUCCGGCCAUGCAAUCCAGCAGUGUCCGCCGAGCCGGACCUGCUCGAUUCGCCACAUUUCCAGCGCACCACUCCUUUGCACGGGUCUACCGGCCAAAUGCGAUUUGGUCCGCACUGAUAUUCCGACAAAGCACGUUCCUGUCCGAUCCCGAGUGGACAUCGGCGCCAUGGCAGGCCCAUCCCAAGUCUGGACUCGACCGCCUCCUCGACAUCGCAGCCCUUCUUCCCGCCGUGCUCAGCCGCGCUGACAAUGUCACAGCCCACCAGCCUACCUUGGGACGCCGGAUGAUGGCCCAGGACGUGCUGGCCAACUGCCUCUAUGUCGAACGAGUUCUUGAGCAGUGGCACGCCAGUGUCCAGGAUCUAGGUAUGCGAGGCGGCUCCAGUGUCAACGGGGCUUCUACUAUGAGCCGCGCGCCGACCGCCUUGGAUGGCAGCGUGGACGGUGGGUUUCAGAACGGCGGAACACGGACCCGGGCCAGCGGCCACGGCGCCAUCGGCAAUUGGUACUGGAUUGCGGACCCAGAACACACGUCAGUGGACGCCCAGAUCCCCUUUGCCGACACAUUUGCGUUCCGCGACACCGUCACGGCCCUCAUGUUCAUCUACUAUUGGGCGACCCUCGUCCUACUAUAUCCGUGCGUCGAGAGCCUCUACGAGAUCAUCUUCCAGCCCGUGCUGGACACCUUUCCGUCUCCCUAUCCCAACUUGCCAAGCAACUUACAAAUCCCAAACGGCGACCCUUCCGUCUACUACGGCCCCAAGGAGGUACGCGAGCUAGCUGGCAACGUGUGCCGUGGUCUCGAUUUUGCAUUGUCCACCACUUUACAGCCCGACCUGCUGUCGGCACCUCUCUUUGUGGUAGAGUCCUUUUACCAUAAGAUGAAUGCAACGUCAGGUGAUGGAGCACUUGAGCUGCUCUGGUGCGAGUCGUUCCGAAGUCGACUGGCGGGCAAGGGACAGUACAUUGCUGAUGUGAUACAAAACCGGCGAUGGGUAGAUGUAGGGCAGUUCUAG